CUUUUACUUGAUAACUGGAAACGGGUUCCUUAUUUGGGUUUGAACAUAUUUGUUUUGUUUAUUUCAGGGCUAGAUCGCGUUCACUGUGAUGACCACAAGAAAGAGAUGGUGCGUACCAAUGUUUACAGCUAAGAAACAAAACUAUCUCCCAAGCCUUUCAGAAUUAAACCAGGGUUUACUAAUACAAUAAGUUAACGCUAAGGAAGAGUGCUAAUGUUUGGGUGUCCUGUCAAGACGGUAUCCGAGUCCCUAAUAAAAGUUUUUGAACUUUUCGACUGUUAAUUAAAGCAAACGCCAGACCGGAGUGUCGUCGUCGACAAGCCCUCUGGAGCCUGUUGCCAUCAGUCCACCGGCAACCGCAUCAGAAAUGCUCACCAGUUGCAUCUUGCGGCGAAGCUUCUCCAGUCACCGCCUUGGUAAAAAUGUCACCUUCUACAUGAGCGAACAUGUCGCCUCCACGCCGAGGGAUCACACCUGCGAGGACCAGACACCUCUGACAGUUAUGCUGCCAUGGUUGGGAGCGCGUCCCCAGGCCGUGGCCAAGUACUGUGAGCUCUACCUUCGCACCGGCUUUGAUGUGCUUGUAGUCGAGAGCGAGGUGCAAGAAUUCCUAUGGCCUCGCUGGAGUUUGCAACAUGGCAAGAAGCUGCUGGAGUUGUUGCACAGUGACCGUUUUGUAUCGCGGCCACUGCUUGUGCACGCCUUCUCCAUCGGCGGUUUCACCUUCUCACAGCUGCUGGUUCUAGUGUCCGAGGACCCGCAGAAAUACGAGACACUCACCCAGAGGAUCAAAGGUCAAAUCUAUGAUAGUCUGGUGGCAGGCUCUGUGGAGUUGAUGGCUUCAGGUGUGGCCAAGAUCGUGUUUCCACGCUGGGAGACGACGGUGAAACAAAUGAGCCUCCUGUACUUUAACACGUUCAAACGCCAAACCACCGACUACUACAACAGGAGCAUCCAAGUCUUCUGGAAUUCUCCCGUCACCGCCCCCGCUCUCUUCCUCUACUGUGACAACGACCCGCUGAGUGACCCGUGUGCGCUGGAGGAAGUAAUCGACUUCUGGCGGGGUCGCGGUGUAACCCUCACUGCCAAGAAAUGGGAGAGUUCCAAACACGCCGGCCACCUGAAGGCCCACCCGCAAGAGUACGUCGACACUCUGGAAACCUUCCUCCACUCGCUCACUCUUGUUCCGCUCAAGGCCAAAAUGUAGUUCUCAUGCCAAAUCUGCUCCAAUUUCUAUUACUAGGAUGAACUUAUCUUCUCAGGUUUCAAUACUAGUCAAACUAUUUAUUUUAAAUUUAAUAAGUGGGAACGGCAAAAAGAAAAAAAAAA